ACAUUGAAAAUCGUUUCAUUGUGAGUUCAAUGUGUUCCAAUUCCAUGUGAGACAUUUUGAUUUGAUCGUUUUCUUUGGCGGUGGAACAAAAUGAGUGAUAUUGUACCACCCGAUCCACCUAAUUAUGACUAUCCAAUUUAUCCAAGCAACACAUUGAGUAUCGUUCCGUCAGAGACAAGACAAUUUUUUUAUUGGUUGAUAUUGACGUUAUCGGUUCUUUCCAUUAUAGGAAACAUACUUGCCAUUAGAUCAAUUAUUGAGAGGAAAACAAAAUAUUUACAGAAAUUUUGUAUCUUCACUUUAUCAUUGACGGACAUGUUUAGUACUGUAAUGUACGCAAUAAACGUUCUCAAUAUGCUAUCGAAUGAACUCAUCGCUUGGAAUUUGGGAGAAUUUCUUUGUUUCUUCAUACCCUCGGCACAAACUUUUGGAACAACUGCCAGCUCAUUUAUGUUGUUGGUGAUUGCCUUGGACAGAAAUCGAAAUUGUGUGCAAACGUUUAGUAAAUGUAGAUGGAAUCCGAGACCGAUCAGUUGUAUACUAUAUAUUACGUUUCUUCUUGCUGUAUCUGCUGCAAUUUCGUAUCCCAUGCAAACAUAUUUCAAUUACGAACCUAUAUGGAUUUUGAUGGUGCCUUAUUCGGCAGACAAAGCGAACUAUCAACUAGAUUAUCUGUGCUUCGCAACAAAAAAUAAACUGAAACAGUAUUACAUAACAAUCGACAUUGUUAUUUUCGCACCGAUCAUUUUAACGUUUACAUGUUUUUAUAUACAAAUAGCCACGUUAGUAUGGAAACAUCGGAAACCAGUUACUACGAAAAUCGGUGGUUACGAAACGAAACAAUCGGAAGAUUCGACAAGCAGUUCCACUAAAACUACAAAUACGAAUUCUAGUGAUAAUUCAAAACGUACAAUUAUCAAAUUAAAACAUCAAAAAAAUAUUCAAGUACAAAGAAAGAUUCGAACUUUUCGAAUAGUACUAGUACUGAUGAUGUCUUUUAUUUGCUGUAGGUUCCCUUAUUGGUGUUACUAUACUAUAAGAUUAGUAAGUUUGAGGAACGAUGAUACUAGCUGGAAUUUACAUUUCGCUUUGUUAGCAUUGAAUAUGUUAAAUUAUGUGUUAAAUCCACUUUUGUAUACGUUUUUAAAUCAAACGGUAGCCGCUAUAAAAAUGUUUAAAGAAUUUCUAUGGAAAAUUUGUUGUUAUUGCUUUUCCAACGACGAAUUUCAAGAAUUCGAACAAAACAGUCCAUUCACAAUAGAUCAAGUGAAACCUGCUUGUGGUACUGUCCAAACUAGAACUAAUUUGGGGCGUUUUGAAGACAAGAAUGAAAAAAUUGAAAAAUUCUAGAUAGAAUUUCAAAUACCGAUUUAUAUUUAUUCAUCAUAGUAUAAUAAAAACAAUUUAAAAUA